AUGGCAGGCGAGGCCGUCACGGCCAUGAUCGUGGCUGCCGACGCCGGCGACAACCCGCUGGCGGACCGCCGCGAGGACCGGGAGGCGGCGGCGGCGCGGGAGAAGAAGGCGAAGGUGACGAAGCUCAACUCGCAGACGGCGAACGCGAUGGAGGUGGUGCGGGCGCAGCAGGCCGCGAAGGAGCGAGGAGCCUUCGACGAGGCGGCUCUCAGGGCGAACGAGGUCGCGGGAGCGCCGGUGAAGGGCACCUCAUCCAUGGUCGCGAGCAUCUUCUCUUCUCGACGCGAUGGCAAAGAUCGGCAGAUGGUGCAGCGGCGCGAGCAGCGGAAGACUCAGACCGGCGCGGGCACUGGCGCGCAGGUUGUGGAUGGCCAGGAGAAGGUGGCGGCGUCGGCAAUCGCGAUGUACAAGAAGGGCGGCGCCGACGCACUCACGGUGACGGACGCGCACGCGGUGCUGGUGAAUGACGUGGUGCUGAAGCAGGGCAUGAUGGCCAUCGGCAAAGGCUGUGUCGAACUACCCGCACUGGGGGGGGGGCAGUUCGUGUCGUGGCUGGCCACAUUUGCCACGUUUGUGCAGUGCUUCUAUCCGUCGUGCGGCUGGCGGCACAAUUUGCCGUUGGAUGGGAGCGGAGGGAAGCCGAUUGCCAUCCCGGCGAAGCUGGUGGUGCUCUACCUGGCGAUGGUUGCCAACGCCUUGGUGCCGAUGGGAGGGUUUACCACCCAAGACAGCUUGGAGAGCUCCCGGAAAGGCUACAUUUCGUAA